AGAAUCGUCCAUUGAUGAAAUACAAAGCAUAAUGGAUUUAUUCUACACGGGAUGUGGACUAAAAAUUAAUAAAUCGAAAAGUACUAUUUUAUAGUGUGGAUCUGCAAGAGCAUGUGACAUAGAUCAAGAACAAGUUAAGUUUGUUUGAAAAACGGGACCAUGGAUACCGAAGAGUAUUAUUUUCGACAGAAGUAUAGCAAACAACAAAAGUUUGAAGGGCGAUCGAAACGAAAGGGCAGUACGUUACGAGGCUCGUCCAAAUCUGAACGAAGUGGAAAAAAGGGAACGCAGCAAAUUGUAACAAAAUUCAUCAAAACUACCGAAGAUUGGAAUGUGAACAGAAUAAACAAGUAUUGCGAACGAAUAUUAGAUGAUGGCGGUAUCUGUGAAGAUGGUCACAUGCCAAGUGAGUCGACUGCACACAUUCCAGCAAAUCUAUAUUGUAGAAGGACCGAAUAUAGAAGCUGUUCUGUUAAGAAGAAAAAGGGUUGGAAUUUACGAGAAAGUCUCCGUGAACGCAUGUUGGAGCAAAUCCAUUCCGCAGACACAACGGCUCCUGAUGUCUCAAUCGUCGAGCGAACAGCCAGACCUACAAAACGGCCACCAAGCAACAGAAAUACAAAGAAUGACGUCACAAGGGUGACGCUCAUGAGCAAAUGCGACGAUGGGAAUAAUUCAGAACGAUCAGUGGUAGAGAGAACACCGAACAAAACAUAUUCAUAUGCAACAGAUUUGAUGGGAUACUCUAUAAAAAAGAAAGAAGAUAGUGAUUCCAAAAAGGUUCAUCGUCCAGAAGUUAUGUAUGAAUUUUUAUACACUCGUGGGGAAGUUUCUGUCAAACAGGAAAAGCCCUGCAAAACAAGAUCCUAUUUCUUUGAUAAGUACAAUAGGAGUGUAAAAAACGCAAUACUUGAAGAGUACUGCGAUGCGGUUGAAUCAGGCCACAACAUGUUGGAAGACGAGCAAUUUGAGCUAGACAAUUAUGGUGAAUCGGAGACGGAAAUUGCACUGACAAACAACGUUCCAUUGGAAUUCUUAUUGAAGCCUCAUAGCCGAUCGAAGCAGAAGAAAAAGAAUUCUAGUAGAAUGGAUUCGGGAUGUAGCACGAAAACUAUGGGUGGAAAGCCAAGGAAAGGAAACGUAAUAAAGUUGCCUGACAGUGAUGUUUAUUGCACAAAGAAAAAGAAUCCCACCACUUCUGAACCGACACUGUGCUAUGCUCAAAUCAAAACAGACCUAUUAGAAGAAUUCCACGAUAUGUACUCGAAGAAAGCGAUACAGAAUGAAGACAUUAGUCAAAAUUUUCUAUUCUUUGCAAACGUACGACCUUAUGUAUUUGUUGCACCACUUGGGGAACCAUGCAAUACAUUCGUGGAAUCAGGUCAUCUUCUCUUUCACACCAAUUAUGAUCCAAACAAGUUAGUCGCAGAUACGACCAACGAUGAAAUUCAGUUUGCUCAUAUGACCAUAUCUCUACUAUGUAACAGCAAAAAUUUCACUCGUGCAUUCAGUCAGUUCUUUACUGACGCAUCUUCAAACGCUGGAAUUACUAUAACAGAUGCCGAAGCAUUGGAAGUUUUGAUCGCAAAUGCUAAACGUUUCGCGCUCGAAAUUGCGGAAAAACAUGUCAAUCCGUGUUCUCAAGACGUUAAGUUCAGCCAUCGUCAUCAAUUGGCAACUGGGCCAUCAUUACGUGAGUGCAGAACAAGGCGAUUGAAUAAAAUACUAAGAGGAAUUGCAGAAAAUCUCGGUGUAAAAACCGAAUACAUUUUACUUGAUGAUGGAGAACAGAUGAACAGCCGAGAGUGUGACGAAGACUUUGAUUAUGAAUUCAUCGAUAAUUUUACGACAAAGAAAGAUUGCAAUCGUUGUGGAUUGAAUUGUGAUGAAAUUUAUUAUACAGGAUUUGCACUCGAGAGAUGUAGACAUUGGUUUUGCCUUGAUUGCUGGAGUCAUUUCACAAUAUCACAUACAACAUUCGAUAUUGAAUGUCCGGAACAAGAUUGUCACGAAAAACCAAACAAAGUUACUAAAUUAUUGCUGUCGAAUCUUUUGAUUGUCAAACAACACAAUCAUCGACAAAAUGACAAAAAGAACGCUCCCAUGCUGUAUGAUUGUUCUAACUGCAGUGGAAUAACUAAGAUGACAGCAUUACAAGAAUAUCCCAAAUCUAUUACUUCUACCAUGGUGACUUGCUUGUGUGGUUCAUCAAAAUGUGUCGACUGUGAAAAAGAUGCUCAUUGGCCAGUUUCAUGCAAUGUUGCAGCAGGUAUAGAAGAAGAAAUUGAAAUUGUCAAACAAAAGCAAGAUUUCCUAGUAAGAGGCAAGACCUGUCCAAAGUGUACCUACUUUAUUGUAAAAGAAGGAGGGUGCCACAACAUGCAAUGUUUCUGUGGAACACAAUUCUGCUGGAAUUGUCUUCGAAUUUCUGCAGGCUAUGCCCAACACAAUUGCACACGCGUCUCAGAACAGGAGGUUCUGCUGCCAACUGGACAUGCGGUUGAUAUUGAAACGGCAAAAAGUAACCAAGAUAAAAUCGCAAAACACAUCAGAGCACUUGCAUCCGACGAAAUCGGAUACCAGGCUAGGAUACGCGCGAUGAAAUUCCUUUCGAAUAACAAGGAAUUCAAUGAUGUCAUUGAUGACGAAACAUUACUCCGACUGGUGAAAGAGUUCGGAUAUACUCUCGGAUUGAAAUACAAUAUAAAGAGAGAAUCUACCGAUGUCUACAACUCGGAAAAGCAUAAACAAAUGAUGGUUGUAGAAGAUCUUCUUCUUAUUAAGAAUCAGCUUCAUUAUGUCAUUCCAUGGACUGAAGGAUCAUUUACAUAUGGGAAUCUGAGAAAGCAAACCAGGCAACGAAUCAAGGGAUUGAUCAGAAAAAUGGAAAGCUUGUGUUGCUCUAUAGAAUGGGCUCUUUUGACACGAGACUACGAAUCACGUGACACUCUCUUUACCACGUUUUUUCGAAAACAAAUAGUCAUUGCUAACGUCCUAAAAUGAAACCACGGAAAUCACGAGCCUCCAAAACCGAUUCAAUAUAUCAGCGAUAAAUUUGGAUACACAAAAAUAGUUUACGAUUCAAGCAUAUUAACUUAUAAUUAUCCACAAUAAAUUGUUUUAAUGGAAACAUGUAGUUUUAGAUGAAAUAGGUCUACACAAAUUAGAAUUCUCCCAUCUAUCCCAACGAGAAAAACUUUCAAAACAUAUAGCAAAUGGACAUGCGUCUUAUCGCAUAUAAUCUUACGGGCAAAAUUUCAAUUUGCGAAUCCUGUGUAUGUGUGUGUGGUAGUGAGGCUGUAACGAUUAUCACGAACUACCAGUCGUUGAGUUAUAGAAAGGGAGUUGACAAGCGUUUGAGUGAAAACUACAUAUUUGAUAUAGGUUUGCUUUGCCCUUUUUCUCUGAUAUUGUGUAAGGAGAUAUAGUAACAUUUUUAUCAUCCGCGGAUACAUGAUUCGCACGGGUACUUAGGUAGUAACUAUUCAGCGAAUGCUCUUUCCCGUAGAAUGUAGAUCAUUGUCAAUACGUUUGAAGUGUUUCAUACAUGCCCGCUAACAGGGAUUGCUAUAAAGACAAUUAAGACUCAUUCCUGUUAUUAUAGUGUGUAUCCGGGGUGGGCAUAGGUUUUUCUGCAAGUGUCGCAUCCACAAAAUCUUUCUUGUCAGCUACCAUCCCCGUUCACUAAGAUAGUGUCAAAUUUAGUAGUGGUGGAAAUUGUUGAGAAGAGUAAAAUCAUCAUUAUUAUUAUAUUAACAAUUUUCAGUUUACACAUUUCAAAUAAAGUUAAAAUAUAAAAUCUAAAUUUUGUGUGUAAUUGUAAUAAAUUUUCACAACCUUCUACAACAGCAGGGGUCUGAUUAAAAUGGUUUAGCGGGCCGCAUUCGACCAGCGGGGCGCAGUUUGCAUAUCCCUUGUUUGUGUUGUGCCAAUCAAUGACUUCUUCGACAUCUUAUACAGAGCUCUAAUCAAUUUUUAUUUGUCAUAGAUAUAGACGAACACACCAC